AUGGGGCCGCUCUAUCUGAUCUCCGUCCUCAUAGCUAGCGUCCUAUGUCCUGUGCUUUCUGCUGUUGUGAGUAGUGAAGUAGGGAAGGGAAACUGGGAUCUGUCGACUUCGUUGAAUGGAUUCUCCUUCGAACGAGCCAGAGCUCUCUCCGUCACCAAGUCCCCCAACCGAACCGUCGUCUAUGUGUCGCGACUGAAGAAGCUCAAAGCUAAGGAUUAUGCCUACCCGAGGACCUCGCUCUCCCUUCUCACACGACUUGACCAGCCACAUGAAAAGGGCACUCCUCAUCAGAAUGCCACCGCCGUUGGCGCUUUCUCAACUACCUAUGCAAUUCAAUGCACUUGGGACCAGACUCCAGUUUGGCUGAUCUUUGACACUGGAAGCUCAGAUACGUGGGCCGCCAAGACCGGUUUCAGGUGCGAAAACAGCGUGGGUGACAAACGCAAUCAAGCUGCGUGCAAUUUUGGCCAACCUCAUAUCCAAGGCUUUCUUCAGGACAUCUCUGAAGUGUACUUCCAUCGACGCUAUGGAUCCGGCGAAGAUGUGGCAGGCCCCAUGGGCACUUCUGAUAUCGCAUGCGGAGGUGUGUCAGUUUCGGGGCAGCAAGUCGGAUUAGCUAGCAGAGCAUACUGGCACGGUGACAACAUUACUGUUGGUGUUCUUGGGCUUGCCUACCCAUCACUCACAAGCGCCUAUAUUGGCGAUCCAAACGAUCCGGUCGAUGAAGAUGAGUGGAACAAUUAUUCUUAUACUCCAUGGUUGACCAGCGCCAUCUUGCAAGGAUUGAUCGACCCUGUUUUCAGUGUCACUAUCGAUAGAAACACCAGCGACGGUGUACUGGCAUGGGGCGGUCUUCCUCCCAUUCACUGGCAUCCCAAAUCCUCUGCAUCCACAGACCUCAUAAUUGUAAGUCGGCUUGACCUUGCAAAGGCUUUCUCUCCUUUGGAAAUGCUGACAGGUCGGCAGGCAAAACUUGUUGAACGAGAAGUCACUGCUUGGAAGCCUUCUUUUUAUACCAUAAUUCCAGAUGGCUUCCGAUGGGGAAGUACUAUGGACACGAGAAAAUAUCCCUACAUCGUUGAUACAGGCACUACAAUGAUGCUUCUUCCUCCUCCACUGGCUGAAGCCAUCGCAAGAUCGUUUGACCCUCCUGCUACUUACAUGGUCCAAUGGGGAGGCUACUUCGUCGACUGCAAAGCUAUCCCUCCUCGAUUCGCAGUCAUUAUUUCAGGCGUUCACUUCUGGAUUAAUCCAGCCGACAUGAUCUACCAAGAGCUUACCGAUCCAACCAAAGAAAAGUGUGCUUUGGCUAUUUCUACUGGUAGAUCUGGACCGUAUGUCUUGGGUGAUGUGUUCUUGCAGAAUGUCGUGGCUGUCUUUGAUGUUGGCGGUGCAGAAAUGCGGUUCUAUUCGAGAGACUAG